CAGCAAAUGUUCAACAGCAGCUCCAUCAGGCACUUCCUCCUGCUGGCAUUGGCAGACACGCGGCAGCUGCAGCUCCUGCACUUCUGCCUCUUGCUGGGCAUCUCCCUGGCUGCCCUCCUGGGCAACAGCCUCAUCAUCAGCGCCGUAGCCUGCAGCCACCACCUGCACACGCCCAUGUUCUUCUUCCUGCUCAACCUGGCCCUCAGUGACCUGGGCUCCAUCUGCACCACUGUCCCCAAAGCCAUGCACAAUUCCCUCUGGGACACCAGCAUCAUUUCCUACGCAGGAUGUGCUGCUCAGGUGUUUUUCUUUAUCUUCUUCCUUGCCACAGAGUUUUCCGUCCUGACCAUCAUGAGCUACGACCGCUAUGUGUCCAUCUGCAAACCCCUGCACUACGGGACCCUCCUGGGCAGCAGAGCUUGUGCCCACAUGGCAGCAGCUGCCUGGGCCAGUGGUCUUCUCUAUGCUCUCAUGCAAACAGCCAAUACAUUUUCCCUGCCCCUGUGCCAUGGCAAUGCGCUGGACCAGUUCUUCUGUGAAAUCCCACACAUUCUCAAGCUCUCUUGCUCCAGAUACUACCUCAGGGAACAUGGGCUCAUUGUGGUUGGUGCAUCCUUAGGUUUUGGUUGUUUUGUGUUCAUGGUUUUCUCCUAUGUGCAGAUCUUCAGGGCUGUGCUGAGGAUCCUCUCUGAGCAGGGACGGCACAAAGCCUUUUCCACCUGCCUCCCUCACCUGGCUGUCGUCGCCCUGUUUGUCAGCACCUCAUUUUUUGCCUACCUGAAGCCCCCUUCCAUCUCCUCCCCCUCCAUGGAUGUGGCCCUGUCAGUUAUGUACUCGGUGAUACCUCCAGCCCUGAACCCCCUCAUCUACAGCCUGAGGAACCAGGAGCUCAAGGCCACAAUGGGGAGACUGAUGACAGGAUGGUUUCAGAAACAUUAA